AUGAGUGGAGCGAUAAAUAUGAGUUGGUUAAAUUCAAGUGAAGCUGAAUCAUUGAUCCCGUACUUUUAUGAUGACAAGUCAAGAACAAGAAGACGUUAUGGUCUUUUAGAAAGACCAUCAUUACCACCGUCAAUAGAGGAAGUAACUUACAAAAUAUUCAUGAUAGGAAGACCUGGAGUUGGUAAAUCAUCGGUAGUCUCCCGAUUUUCAGGUAUAGCUCAUGAAAAUUACGUAUCCUCUGAAAUAAACGGUAUACGUAAGACAAUGGUCUAUUGGCCAGUUAAAAUUUGGGAUAAAGUUGUUUUAUUUCGUCUUAAUUUCUGGGACACUACUGAAAGUAGUAUUAAAAAAUACAGCCACGUUUUACCGGCAUGUAAAGAAAAAGUUGAUGCAAUUUGCUCGAUAUUUAGCUUUGAAGAUCCUUCAAGUUUCAAUGAUAUACCCUAUUUGAUGAAUUCGAUGAGCAAUAUAAAGGAGAGACCAGCGAAUGUUGUUAUUGGAACGCGAUACAAGCCCUGGUCAACAUUACCUGUUACUGAGCUCCAGUUAAAGGAGUUUGAGAGCAAAUGGAAGGUUAAGGUAAUUAAAGUUGAUGUCAGCAAAACGACAGCCCGGCCAGAAAUACUUGACUGUGCUUAUCAACUUAAUUCUAUUUGCAAAGCUCUGUGGAAUAGGGAUCAGGAGUUUAUAACUAAACAAAUCCAUGUAAUUUAG